CAGAGUGCUGACAGCUACUGUGGAUCUAUCUGAACCAAACAUAGAUUUUUCUUUCUCUUUAAAAAAGGGUAAGAAGAGAAGAGAGAACUGAAAUGGAGCCAACUGAAGGUACUUAUGAGUAUUACGACUACGAGGAGACAGAAAACUCCUCCAUGUGUGACUAUUCUGAGUGGACGCCGUCAUACUCCGUCAUCCCGGUGCUGUACAUGCUUAUUUUCAUCCUCGGCCUCUCUGGAAAUGGGGUGGUCAUCUUCACCGUGUGGCGUGCCCAGGGUAAGAGGCGAGCUGCUGACGUCUACAUUGGCAACCUGGCCCUGGCUGACCUCACCUUUGUAGUCACUCUGCCACUGUGGGCCGUUUACACUGCCAUGGGCUACCACUGGCCCUUCGGCGUGGCCCUGUGCAAGAUCAGCAGCUACGUGGUCCUGCUCAACAUGUAUGCCAGUGUCUUCUGCCUCACCUGUAUGAGCUUCGACCGCUACCUGGCCAUCGUCCACUCCUUGUCCAGCACCCAGCUGCGCACCCGAGGCCACACUCAAGCCUCGUUGACAGCCAUCUGGCUGCUGUCUGGUCUCCUGGCUGCCCCAACUCUGAUCUUCCGCACCACCAAACAAGACCAAACCAGCAACCGCACGUCUUGCGCCAUGGACUUCAGCCUGGACCAGCGUAAGAGGAGGCUGCUGAAGAUCAUCACCACGCUGGUGGUGGUGUUUGCUGCCUGCUGGAUGCCCUUCCAUGUCGUAAAGAGUGCUGACGCCCUCUCCUACCUGGACCUGUUUCCUGACACCUGUGCCUUCCUACGCUUCCUGCUGCUGGCUCACCCGUAUGCCACCUGCCUGGCCUACAUCAACAGCUGCCUCAACCCCUUUCUUUAUGCCUUCUUCGACCUGCGCUUCAGAUCCCAGUGUCUGUGCCUACUCAACCUGAAGAAGUCCUUGCAUGCGAGCCCCGCAAGCUCCCUGUCCUCUCAGAAGACAGAGGCUCAGUCUCUGGCCACGAAGGUGUGA